ACAAUGAGCAGAACGCCAAAUUUCGCAAAAGGAGUUGAAUAUUGGAGCUCCACAGAGGCAUCCUAUAAUGGUGUACUUGGAGGCUUCGGACUUGGUACACUCCCAAGAGUAGACGCACAGAGUUCUAGAAUGAUGAUAUUGAAAUUACUCCCGCGCUUAUCGCAAACGAAGAGUAUAAUGAACCCGAAACCUUCAGAAAGGCUAGAAAGUCGCGCUAUGGAGGCAGGAGCGGGUGUAGGACGUGUCAGCACUGACGUAUUGUUGUAUUACUCAAAGCACGUUGAGUUGGUUGAACCAACACCAAAAUUCACUGAGAGGGCUAGACAAAGAUUGGCAGAACACCCUAAGGUCACAGAGGAAGGCGCUACUUGGACUAUUAAGGAAGUUGGCUUGCAGCAGUGGCAACCUGAUGGUAUAUAUGAUCUAAUCUGGUCGCAAUGGUGUCUUCCUCACUUAUCUGAUGAUGAAUUAGUAGAAUAUUUCAAGAAAGCAGCUGGAUCAUUGAGGAAAUACACAACUGGGGAUGAGUUCUAUGGUCAGGAUGGAUUGCUCGUCGUCAAGGAGAAUGUAUGCUCUGAUACAGAUUAUACGUUGUUUGAUGAUGAAGAUUCUUCGAUAACAAGAUCACAUCAAGCGUAUUUAGAUCUAUUCCAGAAAGCUGGACUGUCUAUCGUUCAUCAAGAAGUACAGCUCGGAUUCCCAAAGGAAUUAUAUCAAGUACGUAUGUAUGCAUUGAGAUAG